AUGUUUGGUGCUUCUUCCUCAGGUGGCACGGGUCUUUUCGGAGGUGCCCAACAAAAGCCAGCGUUUGGCUCCCUGGCAUCCACAGGAAACGUCAAUUCCGGAUCGGGCUUUCUGUUUGGUUCAAGCAACAACAACACCAACACGGGUAAUACCGGUACAUCGGGCGGAUUCGGCAGCCUAGGUGGUCAGAGCAACACGGGUUCGGGACCUACAGCUCCCCUGGGUGGUCUUUUUGGUUCCAACACCAAUACGCAAAAUUCCCAGUCUACACUGAAUCUUUUUGGUCAGAAUAAGCCUGCUGGAGGCGGUCUCUUUGGCGGUUCCACGUCCAAUACAGGCACUUCUGGUGGCCUCUUUGGCGGCUCAAACACGGCGCCUAAUCAGCAGUCCAACACCAAUACUUCUGGAGGUCUAUUUGGAUCUGGUAAUACGGGAAACACCAGCGGUGGUCUUUUUGGAAAACCACCUGCGUCCAGCGGCGGAGGCCUCUUUGGCCCCAGCAACACAAACACUCAGAGCAAUGCUACGGGAAACACGCUUGGCUCGUCAGGUGGUGGAUUGUUUGGAUCCGCUAACACCAACACAAGCUCUAACACGUCAGGCGGCCUUUUUGGCAAGCUGAACACGUCUGCGCCCGCGUCUUCGGGUGGCCUUUUUGGCGGUAGCAAUACUCAACAAAACACUCAAAGCGGCGGUUUGUUUGGCCAGUCCAACUCAGCACCUACCUCCCAGCAAAACACAAAUGCCGGCACCAACACAGGCUCCAGUCUUUUUGGCGGCAGCACUGUGAAUAAUGCACAGCCGUCCUUCUCGUGGUCUUCUCAGCAGCAGCAGAAACCACAGCAAUCCGGUUUGUUGAACUUGCCAAACUUGUCUAACUCUCAGGCAUCCAGUCAGCAGGCACCUUCCUCGUCAUCUUCCACAUACACGCCACCUAUCAACGAUCAGUUGAUCAAGUUAAAAGAGCAGUGGGACCCAAACUCGCCGAAAUGUGCCCUUAAAACUCAUUUCUACAAUAAGUUUAGCCAGGAAGAGAUAAACGCUCUUUUGCAGCAACCUAGACCGGCAAACGAGUCGCCGGAAGAUUGGGACAGCGCCAUGUCUGAGCGUCCCACCACUCAGCAUUACCCCAUUAAAAUCACAUCGUUCAGCGAUGUGUCACAGAGAAUAGAGACACAAUUGGACCAUGUGGCCAAGUCCAGGAUUUUGCUCAACAACAUUAAUGAAAAGCAAACCCAGCUAUCGUCAAAGCAUGAUCUCGAUAAUACAACCAGAAUCCUCAAGGCCAAGGCAAGACACACAAAGCUCUCACGCCGUCUUCUUCGCUUGGCUACGGUCUUGGCCAUUCUCAAACUCAAAGAGGAAGAGAUUUCUAAGCAAUUUCAGACGUUGAAUGCCCGCCUCAGUGAUCCAAAUGGCCCUGUUGGCAAGCUAAGCGAUCUCUACGCUCGUCUCGCUAUCCUUAAGGGAAGAAGCGAAGACCUUUCCUCGCAAUUGGAAUCGUCUAUUGGUAGUAUACACGGAGGCUUGAAUGACAUCAUGAACGGCAAAGAAGGCUCUGGUGUUGUGGGUGGAACCGACUCUAAUAACUACAUUGACCAGAUCGUCAACCAGUUGACGAAGUUAUUGUACAAGCAGCAGGUGGGUCUCAGCUACCUUAAUGAGCUUUUGCAGAAGGACUUGGAGACAGUCGACAAGAGGCUUGCAUCUCAAAAUUAG